UAUUUAUAAUUUAUAACAAUUUUUCAGCCGUUGAUGUUCUUUGGUCGAGACGUAUCGAAAAUUCCAUGUUUUCGAAACAGUUUCCUGUACGGCUUGACAUCUGGCCUGUUUGGAGGUCUGGGGUAUUUCAUGUUUACCAGUAAAAUUCCGCAAAGCUAUCGAUUUGGCGCAACAACUUACCUCGCCGUCACUAUUGGCUACUGGUUACAGUGUCGCUAUGCUUAUAUAACUAACAAACAAGAAAUAGAUCGAAUUCAAGCCGCGUUGCUGAGAAGAAUUGAGAUUGAAGGAACUGCACUUGAAGCUGAGUUGUUGAAUGAUGAUGAUGAAGAUAGCUAAGUUCUAUCUUGUAAACAUGGACUUUAGUUAUAUUUGUAAAUAAUUUAGAGAGUAUUAUUGUUUAUCUUUGUAUAUUAUGUAAUCAGCUUAUUAAUAGAAAAUAAAAGUGUUGAAUGCUUGAUA